AUAAUUUCGAGCCCAAACUUAGUGGAAAUUAGCGUAUACGCAUGUAUAUUGGCGCAGUACGUUUCAGGAAUUUACCAAUAUACUCAAUCCCUACGCGGGGAAAACUGUACAUAGAUCAGGAUUUUCAUGGAGCUGAGUGAAUCCAAUUCCCCAAGAGAUAAUGAACUGUGGGAAGAAAUCGAAAAAUCUGAACGUUAUUUGGUGAGUUGUAUGUAUGAAGAGGCGGCGUCAACAUCAUCAUCUGUGCUUCGGAAGUUGUGGGAAGCAACAUCCAUUGAAUUGGAAUCUUCAAGGCAUAAACCCACUUUGGAGAAUGGCUUUGAGAAAGAAGAUGAUAGGGAGAGUGGCAUUAAGGAAGAAGAUAAUUUGGAGGUGAAUGAUAUGUUAGAGGCUGCUGCUAUGGUGUUUAUCCAAGCUUACAAGCACACAAACAGGACAAGAGAUAUAUUUCAAGAUCUUAAACCUCUCUUUGGUUCUGUUUCUCUCAUACCUUACUCCAUUAUUUUAACUGGUGUAUGCUUGCAGGUUCAUGAAGGAGAAUCUCUAAUAGCUCGAGAUACUCUUGACGAAUUUUUUGAAGGGUGGAUUUUUUCCCAGGACAAAUCCUGUUACAUACUUUUAGAAGCGGAAAGAAAAAAGGCCCCUUGGGGUAGAAUCUGGACUUGUUCCCAUUUACCAAGAAAAAAAUACAUGCAGAUCAUUGAACUAUAUACUUUCAGUGUGCUUGUGAAGGGCUUAAAAAAUGCACAGCUUGCACUUAACUGGUUGAAGAAGGCAGACCUUUUGGAAGAAGAAAGGCAGGAUAUGGCACUGAAGAUAAGGUCAGUUCUAAGUCUCAAGGAAGCAAAUUCUGAUACAAGCCAUAAACAAGAGGCAUCUAAAGGAAAAGAUCAUUUGCUUAACAAUGCAGAAACUGGAGUCCUGCAUAUGGGCAAAGCUUCAUCAGAAAGUAACAAUCGUUCAAAAAAUACUGAAAUAUGUGGAACGCUCAAGCAGAAUAAAGCUGUCUCAAAGAUCUCCAGGUUGCUUGAAUCACUGUCCUUGUGGUUUCCGACAAUUAAUCUGAGGCUGGGAAACCUGCACAUAGCAAUGCCUUGGAGCAAUAUCAUAUUUGUUUGUGCUACAAUGUUUCUUCUUGUCUAUGGAUUGAAAAGGAAGCGAGAGUUUGUGAAAAGAAAUUUGAGGAAUCGAUUAGGAGCUCUUCGUAGGACUUUGAUUGACUUUUGGCAACUUGCAUUCAAUGUACAAGUGAAUCCGCUUGCAGCUGUGCAGCCUCUUCCUUCAUCAACUCAUAUGAGCAGGUAGAAACUGUUCGUUUAAGCCAGCCUCUUCUAUAUAAUGGAAUGGAACAUGCAGAUUUCUUGAGUUGCUUCUGGAAGGUUUGUAGAAUGUAAUGAAGAAAGUACAAGGGAUAAUGUGAAGAUGGCCUUUUUAACAGAACACCCAUCUCUCGAAAUUGGUCAUGUAUGGGUUCUUUCACAGCACAAUCAAAUUAUACAGUAGCUGUAUCACUUUUUUACUUAUUACAUACUUCAUUGACUUCCAUGGAAAUAAGCAUGCUGAUUGUUGUUUCGGAGACCAUCUACUGUUCCAGAGGCUGCAAAUUAAAAUGUAGCAUUCAGUUCUUGUAAUGCUAAGUUGGCAAAUAAAUUCUAUAAGACAUCUUAUGGCUUGAGCUUUUAUCGUUCAAACAUGUUUAUUAUCCUUAUUGGGAUAAUGUUUAAUGUUUAUCAUUUUUUCAAAUAAAAUAUUGUUAUAUGCUCGA